GCGGCGGGAGAGCUGCGUCCGGAUCCCCCUCGGCGUGAGGCGCUCCGCAGCGCCCACUCCACACUGAAAUUCCUUGAAUAUAAUUAAGUAAUACAGGCAACAUGUUCUACACUCAUGUGCUUAUGAGCAAACGUGGGCCACUGGCCAAAAUAUGGCUUGCAGCUCACUGGGAGAAGAAACUCACAAAGGCCCAUGUGUUUGAGUGUAAUCUAGAGACAACCAUUCAAAAAAUUAUUUCACCUAAGGUGAAAAUUGCACUUCGAACUUCAGGACACCUUCUUUUGGGAGUUGUUCGAAUCUAUAAUAGGAAGGCAAAGUAUCUUUUGGCAGAUUGCAGUGAAGCAUUUCUUAAGAUGAAGAUGACAUUUCGCCCAGGACUGGUUGACCUCCCAAAAGAGAAUUUUGAAGCGGCUUACAAUACUAUCACAUUACCGGAAGAAUUUCAUGAUUUUGACAUCUAUAAUAUGAAUGAUAUUGAUGCUUCAGAGCCCAUUGCUCAGAACCAAAGCAGACCAGAGGAAAUUACACUUAGAGAAGAAUAUAGCAAUGAUCUACUUUUCCAAGAUGGGAGCUUUGGGGAUGAACCUGAACUCCUCAGAAGACAUAGCCUCUUUGAUGACAACAUAUUAAUGAACUCCAGUGGUCUUGUAGUUGAACAUAGUUCUGGAAGCCUCAUUGAGGAAAAAUCUUUGUUCUUUGACAAUGGAGAUGGAUUUGGAGAUGAAGGAGCUGCAGGAGAAAUGAUUGACAAUCUAUUGCAAGAUGAGAAUACCGUUUUCGAAGAAAUGCAUUCGAACAAAGAAACAUCUCUGCCUCCUGAGCUUCCCAGUAGUAUAAUGGUAGAACCAGGUAAUUCAGAUGACCAAUACCUACCUGAAGAUGAAAAAGUAGAUGAAACAACAUUAUUAUCAAAUGAAGAAGAGGGGUUUACUCUUGACCCAAUUGAUUGUUUAGACAUCGCUGAGAGAAGGAAAAGCAAAAAGAGGAGGUUGCUCAUAGAUCCAGUCAAGGAGAUAAGUAGCAAGACUAUGCAUAAGCAGCUUACUUCCUUUGUGGACACUCUCAUGGUUCUGGACCUUGCACCUCCCACACAAAGACUGAUGAUGUGGAAGAAGAGAGGAGGAGUGGAUACACUUCUAUCAACUGCUACCCAGGAUCUGAUUCAUGAUGAACUGAAAAUGUUGUUUGCAAAAUGCUUCCUGUCCUCUGACUUUAAACUUGCAAAAUUGAUACAGAAGGAGUCAGUAAGGAAAGAAGUGGGAACUAAAAGCAUUCUAGAGCUCUCAGUGAUAGAAGAGCCCAAUUCCCACAGAGAGUUAGAUCAACGCCAGUCUUGGAAGGAUGUGAUUGUUGAAUCUGUGGGUAGCUUUCAGGAAGACAUCAAUAUGAAUAUUAACUCUGAGGAUAUAUUUGAAACAAUUUCUCCACCUGCCGAGGGAUUAUCUUCAAUGAAUGCUUCUUCAGCCCAAGAAAAUUGUCCAGUUGAAUUGGAGUCAUCAGGCAGCAAACAAAAUACUGAGGCAGAGAAAUGGAAUCAAAGAUUAUUUCAGACGUUAAAUGAAUUACGGGAAUCCAACAAGAUGGGAAUGCAGUCCUUUAGUCUGAUAAAGCUAUGCAGAAAUAGUGACCGAAAACAGGCAGCUGCCAAAUUUUAUACCUUUCUUAUCCUGAAAAAACAUCGAGCUAUUGAACUGAGCCAGAGUGUUCCCUAUGCAGAUAUUAUAGCUACAGUGGGACCAAUGUUCCAUAAGAUGUGAAAGAAAUCCAGAGCAUGCAGGUUUAUGCCAUCACUGGCACUUGUGCAUAGACUGUUCAGUUUGCUGCAGAAGCUAUGGAGAAGCAGCAGGUGGUCUGGCCCAUUUCACAGAGUCUGGCCUCCCAUUUUCUAUCUAGAGGGCAGAACCAAUCACAACCAGAAUUGGAAACCUAUGUUGGAGAUAGUUAAGUCACUUUUUAACUUAACCGAUUUAUCAUUUCCCUGAUCUGAGGAUUGCAUUUAGAUUGUGUUUAGCAUGCAUUGUGUUUAGCAUGCAUUGUAAAAUACAAUGUACCUUCAGGAAACAUUCAAGGGUGUUUGGGUUUUUUUGUUUGUUUGGUUGGUUUGGUUUU